AUGUCUGCUUCACCGAAUACCAGCAUCGAUUUUUUAACGUUGCUUUACAGAAAAGUUGACUCGUACGUCGCAUCGUAUACGAGUACAACUCGGAUAUCAUCUAGUUUUAUACUAUCUCUAUCAGUAAUUGUUAUACUGAAAAGUAGUCAAGGCGCAUUGAAUGGUAGAGCUAAUGGAAUCUUUCGUGAAAAAAAAUGUUUUGAUCUUGAUUUUACUCUUCUACCGAAAGAUGAUUGGAAUCAUGUUUAA